GACGGGGCAGUGCUCCGGGAUUUCGGGCUGUUUGGGAAGCCGCUGCGUGAAGCAGGUGACGCUGACAGGACCUCAGGGAUGUGCAAUGGCAUCGGUGCGGGUCGCCGUCCGCGUCAGGCCCAUGAACAGACGGGAAAAGGAUUUAUCUGCCAAAGUCAUCAUUCACAUGGAGGGGAACAAGACGUCUGUAACCAACAUAAAGAUUCCCGAAGGCAUGUCAGGCGAUUCCGUACGGGAACGGGUCAAGACCUUCACGUAUGACUUCUCCUAUGAUUCCGGUGACGGAAGAAGUGCUACCUUUGUGUCUCAGGAGAAGGUCUUCAAGGACUUGGGUUCCGAUGUCCUCAAGGCUGCUUUCGAGGGUUACAAUGCCUGCAUUUUCGCCUAUGGUCAGACAGGCUCUGGGAAGUCCUACACCAUGAUGGGAAACCCGGUAGGAUCCCUGAGGCUCCUUCUCCGCUUUGCUUUCUCUGACUGAUGCCAUCAGCACCAUAAGUUUGGUCCGGCCCACCACUGCAGCUGUCAUUGGGUCAAUGUAAUAAAUAAUCAGUUAAACACAUUCACACCUCAAAACUGUAAUAUCAGAAAAUUGUUAUAAGACAUGGAAAAUGUGUGUAUGCUCGCAGUGUGUAAAAGAGAAAACAUGCAUUUUAGUGAGCGAAAUAAUCGCCAAUCUCAAGAUUUUUAUUUGGUGUGUAGCAAAUGCUAUGAUUAGCAUGCAGGGGCUAAUAGUAUAUUUAAAGAAACAGUACUGUUUUAAGGUACUAAGGUAUCAAUCAAUCGCUUAACUAAUUAUCAAAAUAGUUUUUUUAAAAAUCAAUUAGAUAUUGAUUAGCCACACUAGGUAGGGUAGUGGUCGAGUCAAAAAAAAAUACAUGGAUGUACUGAAUGGUUGCCUCAAAUCCUGGAGUGAGUUUCGAAAUGGUUACGUUAACACCCUUUAACAGGCAUAAUAUCAUAGUUUUAUAUGCAACACGAAGAUCAUGUAAACAUCUCCAUUGACGGCAAAGAAUUUUGCAUAGCACUGCAUAUAGUAACUCAUAUAGCUUCCCAACGAUAAGAUCUGCUCAGAGGCUGACUUUCAUUAUGCAUUUUGGAGGGGGAAAAUCUUCACAGGUCUCAAGAUUUUUAUUUGGUGUAUAGCUAAUGUCAUUGUUAGUAUACAGGAGCUAAUUGUUUAUUAGAAGAAACAUUAUUGUUUAAUAUGGCAACCCAUAUAACCUGUCAACCAGCUGAGAGACUGACCUUCACUGUGCUCAAAGUCUCCUCUCCUCUGUGUGUGACCAGGAUGGGCAGAGAUGCAGUGAUAAUGUUGCAUGAAGAGACCUGCGGGCGCAGCGGCUAGCCACUGUACGCCGAGCAGCGGGAGGAAGGGGAGCUAACAGACUUAAUAAACACAUUUCCGCUAAUCGCAGAUUGUUCUGCGGUCUCACAUUUCCCGGCCCACGCGCAGGAAACGCGAGCGGCUGUUAAUUACAUUUCCACGACUCCGCGUGCCGCCAUCCUCGCAAGGUCACUUUGGGGAACCUUGUUGACAUGCGUGAUAAUCGUAUCUCCAGCUUUAAUAUUCAUGGUCCGCUGCCGAAAUCCGCGAUCGCCGAGAAUGUUUAUGGAAGCCGCGGUAACUUUAGAAGUCGCCACACCUGUUCUCAUGAAGGUGGCGUACACGCGCAGGGUCUUAUACAGGCACUGGGCCUUUAAAACCCGACUCGCGGCUCAGCUUCUCUCACAUGACAUCAGGUGGGUUUCUCUUGGCUUGGUCUUCAGUAGCGACUUUGUCAGGCUGCCACUUUUUACGACGUUGAUCUAGUCCUAUUUCCAGCUGUAAAGAUGUCGCGAUGCUCGCUUGGGCUUUUAUUGCGACAUUUGCGAGAAGCACAGUAUGCUUAAACUG